AAAUACUACCUUUAAAAAAAAAAGUACACGAAAAUACGAAAUAGUUUGAGACUUCACAACAAUUUUUCACCAUUUCCCUGUUCAAAUACGGUUUUCAUGAAGCAUAUUUGGCAGAUGGAGUGGGAAUCACACUUGCAGAAACUCUGAAACGCCGUUGUAGACACUCGAGCACUGGCUCCAGGUCUACCUUUUUCCAUGGAAGACGACGAAUCAAUGCCUUCCCAGAUGGCGAUGCGUCGUUCGAAACGGGCUAGGGUUCAGAUUAGGGCUAACGAGAUGAGCUUGAACGAAGAAGAAAGAGAGGAGUCUACUGAUGAAUUUGAAGAAUCUCGACCUCGUGCUAAGCGAAACAAAGCUAAUGCAAGAACUUUAGCAGCAGCUCCCGUUAUGGAUCAGACAUUAAUUGAGGUUCUAAAAGGUGACAGGAGACAAAUCCCUCAAGUUGUUAAGAGUUGGGUUGAACAUUAUGAUAAGGAACCUAAAUCUGCAAAAGUUGAACUUUUAAUGAUGAUACUGGAGGCAUGUGGAGCCAAGUAUCAUGUCAAUGAAGAGUCUUUGGAUCAGAUUAAUGUUGAUGAUGUAGUUGUUUCCCUUGUUAACAUGGCUAAGAGAGGUGAAGUGGAAGAUUACCAAACUUUGAAAAAAAAGGAGUUCAAGAAUUUCAAAGAUAACCUCUUUCUUUUCUGGGAUAAUUUGGUUACUGAGUGUCAGAAUGGACCACUGUUUGAUGGUGACUUAUUUGAGAGGUGCACUGACUACAUAAUUGCAUUAUCAUGCACUCCCCCUAGAGUUUAUCGACAAAUUGCCUCCUUGAUGGGGUUACAACUCGUCACAUCCUUUAUAAAUAUUGCCAAAAUGCUUGGUGUUCAGCGAGAAACUACUCAGAGACAGCUCAAUGCAGAAAAGAAGAAGGCAGCUGAUGGGCCUCGUGUUGCAUCACUUGAGAAGAGGUUAACUAUGACUCAUGAAAAGAUUACAGUGAUAGAGGAGAUGAUGCGAAAAAUAUUUAAGGGGCUAUUUGUGCACCGGUACCGUGAUGUUGAACCUGAUAUCAGAAUGUUAUGCAUACAGUCAUUGGGUGAUUGGAUACGAGAAUACCCUUCACUGUUUUUGCAGGAUUUAUAUUUGAAAUACCUUGGAUGGACACUGAAUGAUAAAAAUGAAGGUGUGAGGAAGACAUCUGUCCUUUCCUUGCAGGAGUUAUAUAAACUGGAUGAUAAUGUUCCAUCACUUGGCCUUUUUACAGAGAGAUUUUACAAAAGGAUGAUUGAGCUUGCAGAUGACAUUGAUAUUUCAGUCGCUGUGUGUGGCAUAGGACUUGUAACCCAACUACUACGACUCCAGCUUAUUCCUGAUGAGGAUUUAGGCUCAUUAUAUGACUUACUUAUUGAUGACCCACCUGAAAUCAGGCGUGCAAUUGGGGCUCUAGUUUAUGACCAUUUGAUCGACCAGUCUAGCAGAACAGGAAAUGCUAAAGAAUCUUCAAAAAUUCUACUUGGUAGAUUGCUACACAUAUUGAAAGAGUUUUCGUCAGAUGAAAUGUUAAUUGCCUAUGUUAUUGAUGCUAUCUGGGAUUACAUGGAUGCUAUGAAAGAUUGGAAGUGCAUCAUUUCAAUGCUUCUUGAGGAAGACACAUCAGUCGAGCUAAGUGAUGCAGAUGCUACAAACCUGAUUCGGCUGCUUUCUGCAUCUAUUAAAAAGGCAGUUGGAGAGAAAAUUGUUCCUGCUACUGAUAACAGAAAACAGUAUUAUAAUAAAGCACAAAGAGAAACAAUCGAAUCAAACAAGCAGACCAUUACACAUGUCAUGAUGAAGAAUUACCCACAGCUACUACAGAAAUUUAUGGUUGACAAAACAAAAGUGCCUUAUUUACUUGAAGUAGUUGUUCAUAUGAAUCUAGAGCUUUAUUCUGUUAAGAGUCAAAAUCAGAAUUUAAUCUCUGUUCUUACACUCAUGAAAGAUGCAUUCUUUAAGUAUGGUGAAAAGGAUGUCUUGAGAUCUUUUGUGAGAGCCAUCAACUACUGUGCUGCUGAGAGUCGAGGAGAGCUACAAGAUUUUGCUUGGAACCUGUUAAAGAAGAUUGAAGAUGAGCUUCUUGUGAAACUUAAAUCUGCUGUCAAAGAAGUUGCUAAUGGAGAUGAUGAGUAUUUACUACUAGUAAAUUUAAAGCGGCUGUACGAACUUCAAUUGUCACAGGAACUUUCUAUUGAAAGCUUGUAUGAAGAAUUUGUUCAUAUUCUUCAGAAUUCCAAGAACAUUGAUAAUGAGAUUAUUUGCUUUUUGCUUCUGAACAUGCAUCUACAUCUUUGUUGGUGCCUGCACUCUAUCCUAAAUAGUAAAACAGUAAUGGAGACUGUGAUAUCUUCCCUAAAGUCCAAGUGCAGUGAUUUGUUUGGACAACUUGAAUACUUCUUAGAAACAUGUUUUGAAAAGUCCGGUGAAGCUAAAUCUGGGAAUCUUCUCGCAUGUAGGGUUUGCAUCAUAAUCGCUGAACAGUGGUGUCUGUUCAGUAAGGCCAACUUUGCUUCAACAAAGCUGGAAACUCUGGGAUACUCGCCAGAUAGUUCUAUUCUCCAGAAGUUCUGGCAUGUUUGUGAAAAGCAACUGCAUAUAUCAGAUGAGACAGAUGAUGAUGAGAUCAAUAGAGAGUAUAUUGAAGAAACAAAUAGAGAUGCAGUCAUCAUUGCUGCUAGCAAGUUGGUUGCUAUUGAUGCAGUUCCGAAUGAAUAUCUUGGUGCAGAGAUAAUUUCUCAUUUUGUAAGUCAUGGUUCAAGUGUCUCUGAGGUGAUCAAGCAUCUUAUCACAGUAUUAAAGAAGAAAAAUGAGAAAAUUUCAAGUAUUUUGGUUGAAGCGUUGAAAAAGGCAUACAAGCGGCACUUGAUUUCUGUUUCAUCUAGCGAUGAAGUAGCUUCUAGCACAACAUUUCAAGAAUGUAAAGAUCUUGCUGCUCGCCUUUCUGGGAUAUUUGCUGGUGCUGCUCGAAACAAGUAUAGAUUGGAUAUUUUGGAUAUUGUCAAGGGAUGCAUUGACUAUGCAUUCUUGGAUGUUCCAAAACAAUUGACUUUCUUGGAUGGCCCAGUACUGCAUUUCAUAACUAAGCUUCAGCUGCCUGACAUUCUUGACAUCUUGAAGGAUGUUGAAGGAAGAAUUGCAAAUGUAAAUACAGAUGAAGAUCCAAGCGGAUGGCGCCCUGUUUUAACAUUUGUGGAGACCCUACGAGAGAAGUAUGUGAAGGAUGAGGGUUUCCAAGAUGAAAAAGAAGGUAUGUCUGUGAAGCGCCGUGGGCGUCCUCGUAAGAAGCAGAACUUACAGGGGAAGAAACUCUUUGACGAGCCUGAUUCCAGUGAAGAUGAGGAGGAUUCUAUCAGUGAAUCUGAGCAAGAUGCAGACGAAGAAGAGGAGGAAGAAGUCCCUUUAAUACACUCUAUGAGAUCAGCAUCUAGGCUGAAGUCUUUGAAUAUUUCAAGAGAGAAGAAAGGCCACACUAAUACACCAUAGGCAUUCUGGACAGUGCAUUUCCGUGGUACUAGCGUGCUUCUACAUCUUCCGCUGGUGGAAUUGUUCUUUUCCUGUGUUUUUGUGGGUGGCGGCUUAAUUCAUGCAAGAAGUAUGCAUGCCCUGUAUUUAGUUUGCAAAUUAAAAAGAUGUUAUUUGGACGCAUUUGUGAACUGUGGCUGACCCUCAAAUUAUAAUUAGCCUUGCAUAUUAUUGUAAUUAUGAAGCUGAUCUCCUUUAGAAGCAUUGCAUCUGAAAAUGAUACCUAGACAGAGUAUUUAACAAUUGGAAUUAAAUACCCCAUUUGUAUCAAUUUAAGUGCUCUCUAUUCAAAUAACUGUUGAACACAAUU